AUGCGGCCCGGGCAGCAACCUGACCAGAAACCCCGCCCAGUCGCAGCUUCGGCAGGCCCCAGGCCACACGCAUCAACGACCUGGGCUUCCGCGCAGGACAACGUCCAGCGUGUCCCGGCAAAGCGUAAACGUGCCGAGGAGACAGAAGCCCUCGUCGAGAAGCUCGAACUAGCUCUCGAGGUCUCGGAGAACGUGGAAGACUCAGUCGCUCUGGUCCUUGAAUUUUCCUUUCCGGAAAGUUUAGGUCAACAUACAAGAGGCCGUAAAAGAGCAAGGAUAUUACGGGCGCUCGCCAAGCUGCGAGCCGACCUUGCCCAGGAGCAAGUCUAUCUGGAGGACACCCUGCGCGGCCUUGAAGGGGACCAGCCUCCUCACGGGCAACCUCUCCAACUUGUGUGCCACGAGUUUGCCCCUCACUUGUUAUGCCUCCGCGGCAUUCUGGGCGACGCAAUAGACCUGCUGAACAGACUGUGUCGGCCGGAGGUACUGGUGGAGAUUGAGAAGAGUGCGACUGCGCGAUACGAGCUGAAGCUUCUCAUCACCUGGGGAAAAGCUGAGAGGGCUGGCCUCUGGCGCGAGCUGCCCGCGAUAUCGCUGGGAAACGCAGGCAUGACGGCAUAUUGGGACCGGUACGCGGACGGAGCUGAAAGUCGGCAGGGAAAGACGGUGGUUGGGGAGGCAAACUCGACAACAGAGCCCAGUGCCGAGGCCAAGAAGGAUCAGCGACGUGUCAGGUUCAAGUAG